AUGGAGUCGCUGCCGCUGCACAAGCGCAACGUCGGCCGAGAUGACGAAAGGAUCAGCGCGCUCCCUGACGACCUCCUCCUCGGAAUCCUCGAGCGCCUUGAACUGCGCGAGGCGGUCCGCGCCGGAGCAGUCUCGACGCGGUGGCGGCACCUCGCCCACCGCCUCUCGCGCCUGCACCUCAACGGUCGCCAUUUCCGCUGCACCACGCUGCUCCAGUACAUGGACGCGUUCACGGGCGCGGCACGGAGUUUGCUGACCGACCGCGACUGCGACUGCAACGGCAGUCAUGCUGUCAAGUCCAUCAGCCUCCGCUUCUUCCUGUCGGCCCCCCACCUGAGCUCCAUCGGCCGCGCCGUUGAGCACGUCGUCAGCCGCGGCGAGACCAAACGGCUCCAUUUUGGCACAUGCUCGCCAUACAAGAGAAACACUGCCCUGCAGCUCGCCGAGUUUGGGCAGCAGUUCAUGUCCUUCUCCCGCGACUACCCACUCGCUUUCCGGUGGCUCACCAGGCUUACACUCAAGAACCUUGCGUUUGGGCAUCCCGACGUCACCGACCUCAUUAGUGCCUGUGACAGGCUCACGCACCUCACUCUGAGUUUUUGCCAACUGGUUGACGAGCACACACCGCUCAAGAUCAACACACCGUGUUCUGGGAUCAAGGAUCUCGAAUUCAUCCAAUUUGGGUGCACGCAGAUCGAGCUCAUCUCUGUCCCCAAGCUCAGUAAAGUGCAGUGCACAUCUUGGCGCUUGGCGAACCCUCCUGUGCGCUUUGGCUAUGUUCCAGAGCUUUGCAAUGUGAGCCUCAGUACCGGCGCCAUGGCGUGGCAGGCGCCAUUCUUGCUGAGCAAGUGCUUGUCAGGGAGUGCCAUGAACCUGUCCAGAAUAUCUCUCAAUUUUUGCCACCAAAUGAUUUGGAUUCAACCGGAACAUCCGAACCAGCUUGCUGCUAUAUUCAGAAAUCUGGGUCAUGUGUCUCUUUUUGGUAUCUUCCCUGAGUGUGAUCUGAGCUGGACCCUAUUUAUCCUUGACGCUGCACCUGCACUCUUUAGUUUGACAUUAUCUCGAACUCGACAUUCAUGUGUUGAAACACCCAAGGAUAGUGCUGAGAAGACCACUGUGGUUUGGGAGCCAUCCAAGGAUUCUAAGAACUUGAAAUUGAAGUUCUUGUUGAUUUUCGGGUUUGAGGAAGAAGACAAGGUGAUAAACUAUAUAAGGCUUGUCAUGGAACGAGCCGUGGGGUUGAAGAGAAUUGAGCUGGAUGUUGAACGCCCAUGUGAGUAUUGCAAGGACACAGACCUUGAGUCCGCGACGAGAUCCCAGGUGGAUGAAGCUAGCAGUCAUCGGAUUAGGGAGAGGCUCGCACAUGGAUCCUCCUCGCUCGUGGAGAUAAUAAUAAAUGUUAAAUCCCCUAACUCCUCCAACUGCUAG